UAUAAGCUUUGCAAAUGCAAAAUUUUUCAACAAGCAGUCUGCGGCUUGUUUUCUUUUCUUAUCACAUACCCUGCAAUUUUUUUGGACCUACCACUACGAAAGCAAUUUUUUGCAAAUUGUCAAAUUUCGCUACCACCUGCAUCUCGUGCUGUUUUGCCGGUCCUUUAUAAUAUGCAACUGAAGUUCUAAUGUUUUUUCUUUCAUCACAAAACGAAUUAUUAUUUUCAAUAAGUUCUAAUGGAGGAGGAAAUCGCCGACAAAAUUCUGAAUUUUCUACGAAAGUCUCCCAACAAGAACGCUCUGAAUAAUGUUGAAUCGAACUUGAACAUUUCUUCUCCAUCAUCUAGCUAUGCGUUGGAAAAUGGAAAUGAUUCUUGUGCUGACGAUUCUAUAUCACCAGAAGAUCCUAAUGAAUUUGAAUGUUUUGCUCAAAGCAGCGUUCCAUUCAGUUUAGAUUUCUCUUUUACUCAAUAUGUAUCUCAGAGUGUCGAUAAAUUUCACGAAGUUAAAAUAAGCGAAUAUAAAGAACGUAACAAUGUUAUCCUUGAUGAAAGACGAACAACCAGUGAAAAUCGUAGCAUGUGGACAAAAUUUUGUUCCUUCAUGGAUGAGUGUUUGGAAAGUGAAACGGAAGUGCAGACACUACUAAACGAAUUAAAAACAGAUGUAUCGUCAUUUACUGGUAUUAAUGAGAAAUCCGAAUUACUCGAAAUUGCAACUUUAACCAUUUUCAAUCUGUACGUGAAAGAAAAGACAUCUACGAAUCGAAAAGAAGAACUUCAACGAAUAUUUCAUGUUUCUGAUUUUAAAAAUAUCUACAGUGUUACGACUACGGUCAACAGCAUAUUAAAAUUAUUCUCGGAUAGAAGAUUGGAAGAUUUCAAUAUCCGAUGGUACGAAGUAUUUAAAGAUCGAAUCGAGGAUUUGGAAUCUCUCCUUGGUUCAGAUUCCAAAGGAAAAGAAAGCGCAAGUAACAGUUUCACGAAUAACAGAUCAUUCAAUAAAGAAGAAAGUUGGAAAAACCUGAAGAAAUUCAACGUCUCCAACACAUCCGAUAAGCAUAUAAUAUUUAAAGAAAUGCUGUUUGAUGAAAAGUUGAAUGAUCCUGCAGUGGAAAUGGCUGUCGAGAAAAAAGAAUGUUUUAACGGUAGUGACGUGCCUUCCGAUGAGCUUGUUACGUUAUGUAUCAACAUUGAUCUGAAAAAUGAUGGGUCCAACAAUUACGCCGGUGAUAGUUGUAAAGUAAACAGAGCAUUUAUCAUGUGCAGAAUGCCCGUUGAAUCAGUCGUAUAUGAAUUGAACAAAAAUAUUGUUCAGAGAAUGCUACUGAAAAAGUUGAAAAAAAUACUGAAAAACGAAAAAUUGAAGUCAAGAUUCAAAGAUUCUAAGAAAAAAGUAGUAAAAAGAGUUAAAUCAAGUAAUCAACAACGAUCGAUGUUUUACUAUGAUAAUGAUGCGAAUGAUAUUCAAUCAAAAACCGAAUCUAAUGUGAUUGGUAAAAAUUGGAUUGAAAAACAGUUGAGAGCAAUUUUAAGCGAAGAAGUUUAUGAUUCCAUUAAUUAUAAAUUAGUAGUGCUCGGUAUAUUGGACUUGAUAAUGUCCACAUUAUCGAACGAAAAUUUAGAAUCACAGUUAACAGAUGUGUUCGGACCAAAAAAUGUAAAUUUUGUUAAAAGUUUACUCGAGCAUCGUGAAAGUAUCCAAAAUCACUGCAAAUCUUCGAAUAAAAAAAGAAGCGUUCAGACAUUGUCACUCAUGGAACUGGAAAAACUCGGUGAAUUAUUGAAUCAAUUUGAAGAAGAAAAUGAGUACAUGUAUGAGAAAUCGCCGAAAUCCGACUUUUACAACUCGACUGAAGGACGCAAAACCACAAAAAGUGCGAAGUCGAUCUCCUCAAGAAGUAAAACUAUUUCGUAUCCGAACGUAUUCGACUCCAAUUUGGAAGCUAAAUUGUCACCUGGAUUCAUUUCCGGUACUAAAAUAAUGUUACCUGAGAAUCAUAGACGAAAAGAUACUAGAGUUUACGAAGAAGUGUAUAUUCCUGUUUCUCCUCCGGCUUUACCCAGCAACUUAGAAACAGAAAGAGUUGCCAUUUCAUCUUUAGAUAAAAUCGGCCAAUCAGCAUUUCAUGGUAUUAAAUCUCUAAAUACUAUCCAAUCCAUCGUUUUCAAAACAGCGUAUUAUUCGAAUGAUAAUUUACUGAUUUGUGCUCCGACCGGAGCUGGUAAAACCAACAUUGCUUUGCUUACCAUGGUGCACGAAAUAAAACAAAAUAUAGAACAUGGUGUUCUGCAGAAAGAUAAUUUCAAGAUCAUUUAUAUUGCACCGAUGAAAGCGUUAGCUGCCGAAAUGACGCAGAAUUUCAGCGUUAGACUGAAAGAAUUGGGGAUUAACGUUAGAGAGUUAACUGGGGAUAUGCAACUGACCAAAAAAGAAAUUGCCAAUACUCAAUUACUGGUGACAACUCCCGAAAAAUGGGAUUUAGUAACAAGAAAGGGAGAUGGCGAUACGACUCUUUCAAGUCUUGUUAAGCUGUUGAUAAUAGACGAAGUUCAUUUAUUACAUAGCGAUCGAGGACCUGUUAUAGAAGCAUUAGUAUCUCGAACUUUAAGACAGGUUGAAACGUCACAAAAAAUGAUUAGAAUUGUGGGCCUAUCGGCAACUCUACCUAAUUAUCUGGACGUAGCUGCAUUUUUACGAGUAAAUCCUCAAGUUGGAUUGUUCUUUUUCGAUUCGCGAUUCCGGCCAGUUCCUUUGAGUCAACGUUUCGUCGGUGUUAAAUCGAGAAAACCGGCUCAACAGAAUAUGGAAAUGAAUCAAGUCUGUUACGAUACACUCUUACCUGUGAUCAAAGAUGGGAUGCAGGUUAUGGUAUUUGUGCAUGCUCGAAAUGCUACGAUGAGAACGGCAAUGGCAUUGAAAGAAAUGGCCCAAACAAAAGGUCACUUAUCUUUGUUCGAAAGUAAAGAAGAUAAAAAUAUUCAGUCGAAAAAAUUAUUCGAUCGUGUUAAAUCCAAGCAGUUGGGAGAAUUGCUAUCCUAUGGAUUUGCUGUUCAUCAUGCUGGCUUAUUACGUCAUGAUAGGUCACUGGUUGAAGAUUGUUUCUCCAAAGGAUUAGUAAAAGUAUUGGUUUGUACGGCUACCUUAGCUUGGGGAGUUAAUUUACCAGCUAACAUGGUUAUUAUCAAGGGAACGGAAAUUUACGAUGCUAAGCACGGUUCCUUUGUUGAUCUUGGUAUUCUGGACGUUCUACAAAUUUUCGGAAGAGCUGGUAGACCCCAAUUCAACGAAUUUGGCGAUGGUGUUAUAAUUACAUCUCAUAGUAAACUUCAUCAUUAUUUAUCAUUGAUGAUGAACCAGUUCCCAAUUGAGAGUAAAUUCAUUUCGUAUUUGUCUGAUAAUUUAAAUGCAGAGAUUACUUUGGGCACCAUCAACAGCAUCGAUGACGCGAUAGAAUGGUUAAGUUACACUUACCUGUUUGUCAGAAUGAAAAGAAACCCUCAAGAAUACGGCAUUAACUAUACCGAUGUCGAGAAUGAUUUCACGUUGUUUAAUAAAAGGAAAGAACUCAUCGUACACUCUGCAAAAAUCUUAGAUAAAUUACGGAUGAUUAGAUACCACGAAGAAAUUGGCAAACUGUCUCCAACAGACUUGGGACGUACAGCGAGUCAUUUCUAUGUUAAAUACGAUACGAUUGAGAUUUUCAACGAAUUACUGAAACCGUUCAUGAACGAAUCCGAUACUCUUAAAAUGUUGGCUCAAGCAACCGAAUUUGAGCAAUUAAAAGUAAGAGAUGAAGAAAUGGAUGAAUUGGAUCAGCUUCAACCACAAUGUUGCGAAUAUGACGUUACUCUUGGAAGUGAAAAUAUUCACGGAAAAGUGAAUAUUCUGUUACAAACAUUUUUAUCUCGAGGCCACGUUAAAUCAUUCUCCUUAGUAUCCGAUUUAGCGUAUAUUUCUCAAAAUGCCAGUCGUAUUAUGAGAGCUUUAUUCGAUAUCGUAUUGAGAAGAAAUGAUCCAAUUUUAGCUGGAAGAUUUUUACGCGUCAGUAAGAUGUUUGAACGGCAACUGUGGUUUUUCGAAACGCCCCUUCGUCAAUUUCAUACCAUACCUUUUGAUAUUCUUGAUAAAAUCGAAAAGAAAGAAAUACCCGUCGAAAAAUUCAGAGAAAUGGAUGUCAAAGAGAUAGGUGAAUUGAUUAGAAAUGCUAAGAUGGGCGCAAGAUUGAAACAAUGUGCCGAAGAGUUCCCUCUGCUGCACUUGAAUGCUAUUGUGCAGCCGAUUACUCGCGGAGUAUUAAGAAUACGAUUGAAAAUUCGCGCGGACUUUACGUGGAAUGAUAGAGUUCAUGGAAAAUCUGUUGAACCAUUUUGGGUCUGGGUUGAAGAUUCGGAAAAUAAUUUUAUUUAUCAUUCCGAGUAUUUCUUGUUGUCCAGAAAACAUGUAAUGAAAGGCGAAGUGCAAGAAUUGGUGUUUACCAUUCCAAUCCACGACCACGAACGCCUCCCUUCCCAGUACAUGAUACGAGUACCCAGUGAUAGAUGGUUAGGCUCGGUAUCUAGUACACCUAUUUCUUUGCAGAGUAUCGUAUUGCCUGAAUUGCAUCCCGUUCAAACAGAAUUGUUACCACUCCAGCCUUUACCGGUGACCGCUCUGCAGAAUUCUGAUUUCGAAAGUUUAUAUAAAUUUACGCAUUUUAAUCCGAUUCAGACUCAGAUAUUUCACUGUCUAUAUCAUACCGAUAAUAAUGUGUUACUUGGAGCGCCAACCGGUUCCGGAAAAACGAUAGUAGCAGAAAUUGCUUUCUUCAGAGUAUUUAAAGAUAAUCCCGAUGCUAAAGUGGUUUAUAUUGCUCCUUUGAAAGCUCUGGUAAAAGAACGUAUGAGAGAUUGGAAAGUCAGAUUUCAAAAGAAACUGAAAAAAGAAGUUGUCGAGUUGACGGGUGAUGUUACGCCCGACAUACAAGCCAUCUCAUCCGCAUCCAUAAUCGUGACAACGCCUGAAAAAUGGGACAGUAUUUCACGUAGUUGGCAAACACGUACUUAUGUGAAAAAAGUUGUCUUGAUAGUGAUAGACGAAAUUCAUCUUCUGGGAGAAGAUCGUGGACCGGUAUUGGAAGUAAUUGUUUCUCGAACAAAUUUCAUCGUUUCUCAUACCGAAAAGAAUAUUCGUAUUGUUGGAUUAUCGACUGCUUUGGCCAAUGCGCAAGAUUUAGCCAAUUGGUUAAGAAUUGACGAAAUGGGAAUGUACAAUUUCAGACCAUCUGUUAGACCCGUGCCUUUGGAAGUGCAUAUUAGCGCUUUCCCGGGCAAAUAUUAUUGCGCACGGAUGGCUUCCAUGAAUAAGCCAGUUUUCCAAGCUAUUAAACAGUAUUCGAUUUCUCAGCCUGUUCUGGUUUUUGUGUCUUCUCGCAGACAAACUCGUCUUACCGCGAUGGAUUUACUCGCACAAUUGGCCUCCGAAAAUAAUCCUAAGCAGUGGCUUAAAAUCAAAGAUCACAAAAUGAAUAAAAUAUUGGAAACGAUAAAAGAUGAUAAUUUAAAAAUGGUAUUAGGCUUUGGAAUAGGCUUACAUCACGCUGGUCUUCAAGAAAACGAUCGUAAAAUUGUCGAAGAAUUGUUCGAACAUCAACAUAUUCAAGUUUUAAUCGCUACUUCGACAUUAGCCUGGGGAGUAAAUUUUCCCGCACAUCUGGUUAUCGUUAAAGGAACCGAGUACUACGACUGUAAAAGCCAUCGCUAUGUUGAUAUGCCCAUCACGGAUAUUUUGCAAAUGAUGGGAAGAGCUGGUCGACCGCAGUUUGAUAAAUCAGGCAUAGCUGUCGUAAUGGUGCAUGAUGUGAAGAAAAAUUUCUAUAAAAAGUUCCUGUACGAACCGUUCCCCGUCGAAUCAAAUUUAUUGGCUGUUUUACCCGAUCAUCUGAAUGCCGAAAUUGUUGCCGGAACGCUUAGAACAUGUCAAGAUGCAGUAGAUUACCUCACGUGGACUUAUUUCUUUCGUAGACUGUUGCAAAAUCCAACUUUUUAUAAUAUUUCAUCGGCGCAGCAAGAAGAUGUCAAUGAUUUCCUGAGUAAUUUGAUCAAAGGCGCUGUAACGACGUUACAGAACUCGCAUUGCGUUGUUUUGGACGAGGAUGAUCGUACUCUGUAUCCGACCACAUUUGGUCGUAUAGCUUCGUAUUAUUAUAUUAGCCACAAUACCAUGCUACAUUUCGCUAACAAGCUGAAAUCAGAUAUGAGUAUCGAAGAUCUACUUCACGUUUUAUCGCAUGCUUCCGAAUACAACGAGAUUCCCGUGCGUCAUAAUGAAGAAAUUUAUAACGCAGAAUUGGCGAAAUAUUGUCCAGUGAAAGUAGACCCAUCUACGUACGAUUCUCCGCAUACGAAAACGCAUUUAUUAUUACAGGCCCAUUUUUCCCAUCUCGUUUUACCUUGUACCGAUUAUCAAACUGAUUUGAAAUCUGUUCUGGAUCAGUCUUUAAGAAUUUUACAAGCUAUGAUUGAUGUCUGCGGUGAACGUGGAUGGCUGGUUUCUACCCUUCGUGCUCAACAAUUGAUACAGAUGUUGGUUCAAGGUCGUUGGGUGACGAAUCAUUCUUUGCUAACGUUGCCGCACAUAGAACAGAGACACGUGUACUUGUUUACGAGGGGUUACCCUAUGCCUCCUUCGCUUCCGGCGUUACGCGAAACAGUGUGUGACAAUUAUUCCGAAUUAAUGAACAUGCUGCAGAAUGAGUUCACUGAAUCGCAGAUCAAUUCGAUUUACGAGGUCCUCUGUAACUUGCCAAAAAUUCAAAUCAAUUUUACUAUAUCGGAAUCUAUACAACAGAAUAAAUUUGACGACGAGCCGACUGAUGCUCCCAAAAUCGAAGUCGUGGAUUUACACAAACCUGUUGUCGUUCACUCAGGAAGAGAGUACGUGCUGAAUUUAAGAAUGAUCCAGCUGGUUAACCGUAAGGAUAUACGGGUUCAUGCUCCGAGAUUCCCUAAACCUAAAGAUGAAAGUUGGUUCCUAACGUUAGGUUGUAUUAGAACGAAAGAUUUACUGUCUAUGAAAAGGUUCACGUUCGGGCGAAGAACUGAAGUCUUUCAUAAUUUAAUUUACAAGGUUCCCGAUAAAACAGGUCGAGAAAGACUGAGCAUAUACCUCAUGUCCGAUUCAUAUCUCGGAUUAGAUCAGCAGUACAAUAUCACGUUGGAUAUUAUUUCUUAGAAACGUUGUGAUAACCAAAUUUUUUCACUUUUUUUACGUUUUUGUUUUGUAAUUAAUUAUAUACCUACUUAUUUUUGUUAUCUACUGAAUAUAAAACAGAACGUAAA